GGUCUUCUGUUGUCGACCCCAGGUGAGCGACGGGAGCCUUACGGUGCUCGCCAUCAACCGGGAGGACAGGGGUGCCUACACCUGCCGAGCGUACAGCAUCCAGGGAGAGGCUGUGCACACCACGCGCCUGCUCGUUCAAGGACCUCCCUUCAUCGUUUCCCCUCCGGAGAACAUCACGGUCAACAUCUCCCAGGAUGCGCUCUUCACCUGCCAGGCCGAGGCGUACCCCGGGAACCUCACCUACCUGUGGUACUGGGAGGAGGAGAACGUCUACUUCAAGAACGAUCUGAAGUUGAGGGUGCGGAUCCUGAUCGACGGGACGCUGAUCAUUUUCCGCGUCAAGCCAGAGGAUGCUGGAAAAUACACCUGUAUCCCCAGCAACAGCCUGGGCCGCUCGCCAUCAGCCUCUGCCUACCUGACAGUGCAGUAUCCUGCCCGCGUGGUGAACAUGCCCCCCGUCAUCUAUGUUCCCAUCGGGAUACACGGAUACAUCCGCUGCCCGGUCGAGGCAGAGCCCCCGGUCACUCUGGUCAAGUGGAACAAAGACGGACGUCCCCUGCGAGUCGAGAAGUAUACUGGCUGGAACCUGCUGGAAGACGGGUCGAUCCGGAUAGAGGAGGCAACCGAAGAUGCUCUCGGCACUUACACCUGUGUGCCUUAUAACGCCCUGGGUACGAUGGGCCAGUCUCCCCCUGCCCGACUGGUACUGAAGGACCCCCCCUAUUUCACGGUGCUACCAGGCUGGGAGUACAGACAGGAGGCAGGGAGGGAGCUGUUGAUUCCUUGCGCUGCUGCCGGAGACCCCUUUCCCAUCAUCGCCUGGAGAAAGGUAGGGAAGCCCAGCAGGAGCAAGCACAACACGCUGCCCGGUGGCACCCUGCAGAUCCGCUCCCUCGGCAAGGACGACCACGGCGAGUGGGAGUGCGUCGCCACCAACGUCGUCGCAAGCAUUACUGCCAGCACCCACCUUACCGUCGUAGGCACAAGCCCUCACGCCCCGACCAGCGUGCACGUUGUGGUCGCCAUGACCUCAGCCAACGUCUCCUGGGAGCCCGGCUACGACGGUGGAUUCGAGCAGACUUUCUCAGUUUGGAUGAAGAGAGCCCAGUUUGGCCCCCACGACUGGCUAUCUCUCCCUGUGCCAGCUGGUUCCAGUUGGCUACUGGUGGAUACCUUGGAACCGGAGACUGCAUACCAGUUCAGUGUCUUGGCUCAAAACAAGCUGGGUACCAGCUCCUUCAGUGAGGUGGUCACUGUGAACACUCUAGCAUUCCCUGUAACAACUCCAGAGCCUCUGGUGUUGGUUACCCCACCGAGGUGCCUAACAGCCAACCGGACACAGCAAGGCGUCCUCUUGUCGUGGCUUCCUCCCGCUAACCACACCUUCCCCAUUGACCGCUACAUCAUGGAGUUCCGUGUCGCAGAGAGGUGGGAGAUCUUGGACGAUGGCAUCCCGGGGACCGAGAGCGAGUUUUUUGCCAAGGACUUGUCCCAGGACACCUGGUACGAGUUCCGGGUCCUGGCGGUCAUGCAGGAUCUCAUCAGCGAACCCAGCAACGUUGCUGGCGUGUCCAGUACAG